AUGGCCUCCCGCUUGAGUGGGAUGGUCGGAUCUCUUUAUAGUAGCGUCAGCUGCCACGAUCAGAAAGUCUCUUACGGGCUGGGCCCAGAUCUGGCACAGUGCUAUUUCUAUUCUAUCCUAUUUGUGAAAUUGGAACUUCCUGACAAUGCAAUUUCUGGAGGCUUGGAAGUUUUAGCAGAGAAAUGCCCAAAUCUUACCUACCUCAAUCUGAGUGGAAACAAAAUCAAAGAUCUGAGUACAGUAGAAGCUCUGCAAAAUCUUAAAAGUUUGAAAAGUCUGGAUUUGUUUAACUGUGAGAUCACAAACCUGGAAGAUUACCGAGAAAGUAUUUUUGAACUGCUGCAGCAAAUCACAUACUUGGAUGGAUAUGAUCAGGAAGAUAAUGAAGCACCAGACUCAGAAGAGGAGGAUGAAGAUGGAGAAGAAGAUGAUGAAGAUGAAGUUGGUUUCCCAGAUUGGGAUGAAGAGGAAGAGGAGGAAGACGAAGAUGAGGAGGAGGAGGAGGAGGAGGAGGAAGAGGCUGGCUCGGAACUGGGGGAGGGAGAAGAAGUAGGCCUGUCGUACUUGAUGAAAGAAGAAAUUCAGUGGCACAGUGUGGAAUGA